AUGUCCAGCCUAUCUUCCGUAGCGUCUUCCCCCACGGGGACGGUACCCUCCGUCUCAGGAGAGUUUGCCCAGCCUGUUCAAUACGCCGCGAUGAACGACGCGCCCCAAAUGUCGGUCCAAAGGUACUCCCUUCCCCAGCUUCCCUAUGCCUAUGAUGCCCUCGAGCCGCAUAUCUCGGCUCAGAUCAUGACCCUUCAUCAUGACAAGCAUCACCAGGCCUACAUUACUAACCUCAACGCCGCUCUCGGUAACUACUCCAAGGCCGUGGCGGACGUCAACAUCCCCGAUCAGAUCGCCCUCCAAAAUAUGAUCAAGUUCAACGGCGGCGGGCACAUCAAUCACUCCCUCUUCUGGAGGACUCUGGCUCCCGCCAGCAGCAAGGAUGCCUCGGACCCCGAGGCCUCCGCUCCCUCGCUCAUGGAACAGGUCAAGUCGACAUUUGGCAGCCUCGCCGGCCUGACGACUGUUUUCUCCUCGACACUGAUGGGCAUUCAGGGCUCCGGAUGGGGCUGGCUCGUCAAGGCUCCCGGAAGGGAUGGCGGUCUGCGUAUUAUCACGACUAAGGACCAGGACCCCGUCGUCGGCGGUGAGGUUCCCAUUAUUGGUAUCGACAUGUGGGAGCACGCUUAUUAUCUACAGUAUCAAAACGGCAAGGCGUCAUACGUGGACAACGUGUGGAAGAUCAUCAACUGGACUGCCGCCGAGGAGCGUUUCAAGGGCAACCGCGAGGAAGCUUUCGAUAUUUUGAAAGCUUCUAUGUAG